UCAACGGUUGCCAUCUGAGGUGAAACUAGGCAUAGCCAUCUCUGCUAAUCUCCAGAUACUGUCUCUGUAGUGUCUUUUGUUAUGUACAUGAUAGGAACGUUUUUGGUGUGAUAUUUUUUAUGUGAAGGUAGCUAGCUACAUCAAGAAGACACACAUAACGUUACGUUCACAAGUUAUCCAUGAAGCCACUGUUGGACUCUGAUGAGGAGGAAGAAGAGUUGGGAGCGUAUCAAAAGAAACUCAGAGAGAGAGCCAACCGCAGCAUCCAGCAGCUCAGCAGUGCACUGGAAGAGCCCAGCUCAGAUGCAGAGGGCAUGGAACCAGGCAGGGCUGGAGACACAGACUGCACGACUGGAGAGGACUCAUGGAACCAAAGGCAACGGAGUGAAGCUGUCAAUCAGCUGCGAUCACUCCUGCAAAAGCAACAAAAAGAGACACUUUCACUCACUUCUCCUUCAAAGACAAAAUCUUCCCCAAAGAGGUGUCAAGAUGAUGUGAGCUCUAGAAUGCCUGCCGUUAAAGACCUGGUCCCCAUUCUCCACAACCAGUCAGAGUACAUCCAGCACCUGGAGGCUGAGGUCAAGUUCUGCAAGGAGGAGCUUCUGGGGAUGAAACAGAGGAUAAGGGUGGUGGUGGUAGAGAAUGAGAAACUACAUAGAGAGAUCAAGUCCAAAAUGGGGGAAGAAACCCUGAAAGACUACACUCUCUUAGAUGGCACGGUGAAUUCCGAGCCGUCCAGAGCAGACAAUUCUCAAAGAACAGCAUUUAUACCAGCUCACAGUGUCUUUCAACAAGCAGAGGAACACAAGUGGAAGAAAGAACUGGAGCAGCUCAAAUCCCUCUAUCUAGCCCAGACAGAGACACUGGAAGCUCAAGUAAGGUCACUGAAGAAGGACCUGGCCAGCAGUCAGAAGGAGUGUGAAGAAGUCAAAGGUCGUCUGAGACAUAAGGAAGCGAUGGCAGCGGCGGGCAGUGCCAAGCAGUGCGUAGGCGGCCUCUGUCUGAAGUGUGCCCAGAAUGAGGCCGUGCUGGCAGAGACACACUCCAACAUGCACAUCCAGGCCAUUGAGAGACUCACCAAAGAGCGUGAUGAGCUGAUGAGUGUGCUGUGCUCUUUGAGGGCCAGUCAGAGUGAGGCCCAGCAGAGGGAGUGGGCAGCCUACCAGCAGGUCAAACAGGCUGUAGAGAUGGCUGAGGAGGCCAACCUGGAGAAGACCAGGGCGGUGGUGCAGUGUGAGGCAUUUGCCAGGGAGCUGGCCAGACAGAGAGAGAGGCUGGAGACUGAGAUGGCUGCAGAGCAGGAGAAAAUCUCUGAGGCCAGAGAGGGGGCACGCAACGAGGCCCGCAAGGAGAAGGAGGAACUGGCCCAAACGGUGGCCAGCCUGUCCCAGAGGGUAGCAGAGCUGGAGGGUCAACUAGCCAGGGGGGUCAGAGAGAGGGGCUCCCUGAGCACCCAGCUGGACGAGACCCUACUCAAACUCACAUCGCAGGAGCAGGACACCAGCAAGGUGUGUGGGGAGCUGCGUUACCAGCUCAGCCAGGCUCAGCUGAAGAGAGAGGAGGCCGAGAGGGAGCUCAGAGACUGCAGCUCCAAGACAACACGGCAGCUAGAGAUGACUGAAGAGGAAGUGGAGAAGCUGGGUGUGGAGCUGAGCGGCUGCCGGCAGCGUUUGGACAAGGCCCAGAGGGACGCGGAGCGACUGCAGGCGGAGGCUCUGAGCCUGACAGAGCGGCUGGGCCGAGCUGAGCACCAACUGCACCUCACCAGGCAGGAGAAGGAGAGUGCGGAGCGCUGCCGGGGCGAGGACAUGGAUGCUCUGACCUUCGCGGCACAGCAGCGCGAGCAGGAGCUGACACAGAGGCUCCAGCAAAUGGAGGCGCAGCACGAGCAGAGCGUGGGUGAGCUGGAGUCCCUCCUCAGCUCCCAGAAUGCCCUGAUAGGGAAACUGAAGGAGGAAUGUCUCAGUCUGGGGGCCAAGCUGGAGAUGCUGACAGAGACCAGCAGGAGUGAGGUGGAGCAGCUAUCCCUGGAGAAGGAUAAUCUUGAGGAGAGUGUUGGGAAGCUGAGAGCUCGCUGUACAGAGAUGGAGGAGCAGUGUGUACAACAUGGGAGGAUGCACCAGCGCAUGAAGAACAGACUGCAGCAGUUGGACCAGCACAGUCAGUCCAGUGCCCAGCAGGUGAUGGAGCUGCUUGCCAAACAGAACCUGUUGAUGCAGGAGCGCCACCUCCUCACUGAGGAGAUGCAGAACCUACGCAUACAGUUCCCUGCUGGUUCUAGGAGGCCUGACACCUUGUCCACAUGAGAGAUCCUCCUCAUCUUGACUGAAGCACUGUCCUUAUAAUGAUGGUGCUCCUACUGUAGAAAUAGGGUAUAUGACCAAUUCAGUUAUUAUUCUACAAAAAUGAAUGUGUGAGGGAAGACGCAUGCCUCUCUCAGGUUGGUUUUGGGCCACAUCCUGUGUGUGUACAUAUGUGUGUGACCUGUGUGAGUGCAGUGGGCAGCAGCAGAGGUAGGGUUAACAGUGGUGCUGAUGGCGGAGAGCAGGUCUGAGUGACCUCAGGGCGCAGCGUGGGGAGCAGCUCUGGCUGAGAGCACCACAGUGGAGACCGCCUCCUGUCAUGGAUACUCUGUGUCAAACCUUAGCCAUGCAGAAACAGCAGCAGCACAGGCCUGCUGAGUGUAUGUGUGUUUAGAUUCAUGAGGAUUUUAUAGAUUUCUAUAGAUUUGGAACUACUGAUUUGACAGUAGUUUUUGUAUUGUUCAUACAUUUUAGUGUUUGUUUUUAUAUAGCGAUUUGAGGUUUUGAUGUUAAAAGCUGUGUGUUGUAGAAUGUAAUUUCAGUAUUUGAUAUAAACUUCAGUUGAAAUUUCAAUAAACAUUUUACAUGCAGUGUUCUAAA